AUGCUUCAAUAAUCAUAACUAAUUCAUCAUUCAGUCAUUAAAUAUGAUGAUGAGGAUGUGCCAUUGAUGUUUGAAGUUUUGCCUUUUGAGGGAAGAGGAGACUAUACUUUUGAAGAAUUUCAAUAACUAUAAGAGCGGAUAGUAUCACAUUAAUAGAUGAUGGAAAAUUACAAAGUAAAUACUUGGGAAACUAUGCAUUAUUAUGAAACAAUUACUGUUGAUAAGUGUAAAUCAGCAUUCUUGGAUAGUAAUGAGGAGUACCAAGGUAUGAUAACCAUGAUUGAGAUGUUUAAUGCAGAAGUCUUAAAUGCUUAGCAAAGGAAUGCUAGAAUACGUAAUGGAAUGUGGAGAUUAUAGUUUUUUCGUUCUUUAGCCAGUAUUAUAAGAGAGAUAUCAUUCUUCACGCGUAAUAGAGAGUUGCAAGCUAAAUUCAUAACAAGGUGUUACAAUUGGGCUUUGGAAACAAUAACCAAAGUGGAUUAUUAAAGUCGUAAACUUGAUAGCGAUUCUGGACCUACUAGGCCACCAACAGGAUAAACUAAGAGACCAUUUAGUAGUGCGACUUAAGCUAAAAGACCAUAAAGUGCUCUUACUAUAAAAAGUAUGAGACCAUAAUCUGGAUAUCCAACUACUGUGAUAGAUGGAUAUGCAGAAACCACAAUUGAAUAGACUCACCCAGAUAGACCUGAUUCUGGAGUUACUGGUAUUAUUCGAAUUGACUAAAUGAAAGAAUCUCAAUAUAGUAAAGGAACUUUGCUUCCGGGAGACAUUAUCUCAGAUUAAUUGCAUGAUUAUCAAAAUGGAUUUAGAACAAAGCAUGAUUCUAUGCCUCCUCCAGAUCAACGUUUGAGCAAUUACAAAAGAAGAAUCAUUCAAAAUUUUUAAGCCCCAAGACCUUAAAGUGCUGUGGACACUUCAGGUAAAAUAUAAAUGAAAUCAACAUUUCCAAAACCAAUAAAGUCUGCUAAACCUGCAGCUAUUGUGGAUGAUAUAGAUGAAGAAGUAAUUUAAGGAGAUUUAGUAGAUAAUAAUGAUGAAGCAUUAUUAAAUGAGGAAGAUUUGGCUGCUAGAUAAGCUGAGAACGAAGCUAAAUUAAUCAUUUAAUAAGAGGAAGCUAAGAAGAAAGAAAGAACACUAGAACCUUAAAUUAAAGUGUUUGUGGGUGAUGAAUAAGUAGAGAAUAAUUAGAAACCCAGAAACUUAAAUUUUGAAACAAAAGAUGGCUUUUAAUAGUAUUAAAAUUCUAAUCAACCUGAUGAAUUGAGUGUUUAAAAUAAAUACCAGAAACUUAGAAAUAAAGAAGCGUAGUAAAAAAGAGAGGAUGAAGAAUUAGUCGCCAUGAUGCAUUAAUGGUCUUCCAAUAAAGCUAGAAUUGAAAGGGAAAUGAAUAGGAGGAUAGAGAGUGCUACUUAUGGUAAUAGAUUCAGAGAGUUAGAAAUGAAAGAAAGGCAAAAUAAGGAGAAGGAUUACAAGGAACUCGAUAAAAUCCAAAAGAAUCAUUAAUUGAGUUUGACCAAGAAUAAAUCAAGAUGGGAUGAUGAUUUAAGUGAUCUAUCAGAUGAGGAAGAAGAGAUUAUUGAAAAUAAUAUAGAAAUUGAUGGAUAAACAGGAUUGAUUGAUGAUGAUGGAUAAAGAAGAUAACAAAAGAAAAUUAGACCUUAAACUUGUUAACCUAGAAAUUUAAAUGAAAAGUUACCUAGUUAUUAGAAAGAACCAAAAUUUAUGAAUAAUACUGAUUAUAGAGGACUUGAAUCCAAUAUAUCAAAGCAUAAUAUCAAUAAAAUCAAGAAGUUACAUGGAAACAUCAUUGGAUUAUAAGAGGAAGAUGAAGCCAAUCGUCUUAUGCCUGAGCAAAGUAUGUCAAUCUAUGGAAAAAACCAAACCUUAACUCAAUAGUAAAAGAGACCUUUAUCUGCUAUAUUAGCUGCUCAGCCUUUAGAUUAAGUUCGUUAUGAUUAAUUAAAAGAAAUUGAAGAAAUAAAAUUGAGAUUGGCUAAAAAAGGAGUUGCUGUUCCAGUUUAAAAAUUAGUUAAUGCUUUGUUGAUACCAGAUCCAAUAAAUCUAAAGGAUCCUGAAGGAAAUUCAUUGCCACCACCUGGAUUUGGAAUGAAAGUUGAUCCUUUUGCUAAAAAAAAAAAAUCAAAAAAAAAGAAGAAAAGUAAGAAAUGA